ACUGUGCCAUCGAAUCAACCCUUAAAGAUGGCCGAAGACAAUAUCGACGAUAUCCUGGUGCGCCUUGACGAGAUCGAGAAGCUGCAGGCAGAACUUCGGCAUUUGGUACCGCGAGUCACGAAUAGCUCAUCUAAACACACGAGACACCAGGAUCUCUCUCGCGAUUCGCCCGCGUCGAUUCGUUUUCCGUCCCUUUUCACGUUUCCCGUAAUUUCGAAUUUUACAUCAACUCCGAGGAACGAGCGUCUGCAAAAAUCAACCGCGCGUUUGAACCUCACCAACAAAACAUCAAGCGGCAACCGACAUUCCACAGUAAACCUGAAAAAUACGGGGGGAUGCUCCUCUCAGAGCAAAGCAAGAGAAACAAAUGUCUUUAAAAAUCUGUUAAAAAGUAACAGCAAUGCGAACUCGCAGGCGAGAAAUUUUUUAGCUUCAACUUCUACAGUGGGUUCGAGAGCGUCAACAAGUAGCAGUAUCGCAAACCGAAUGACCAAGGAGCCGCGAGAAGCAAUUAAAAAGAGAUUAAAGAGCGAGACGCCGAAGACUGCAAGUAGAGAUAAAACGCAGCGGGUAGCUGACGAGAGAUCCAAUGUGCAGCUAUCCGAAAGUGAAAAUGUGAACUCAAUACGCUCGUCUGUGCAGACAUCGGACAUUCGAGUUAACGGGAUAGAAGCUACGAGAUUACAAGGCGCACAUCUAAAAAAUUGGUAUUGCAACAAAAUGAGCACGUUUAUCGAGCAAAUUAUGGAAAAACUGAAUUAUUGUUUUGUGGAUGAUAAGAGAGUGACCGUACCAUAUCAUCAUCUAGGGAGUAGAACACCCAGAAGAGUACAGAUGCUACAUUCACCAACUAAAGAAAUGGAAACUCCGCGAUUACAUGAGUCUACGGCAAAAAUGUUUGUCAAUUAAAAAUAUAAUGCUUCAAAAAGAAAACAAAAGAUAUAAAAAUAACAUAAUAAAAUAACAUAAAAUUAAGUGACAUAUAGCUUUUUAAUUAACAAUCGUAAUAUACAUUGCAAUUAUAAAGCAAUAUAAUUCUAAUUUCAAGCAACACCCAAUUUGAAAAUUAUAAUGAUGUAAA